UUUGGAAGAGUAAAGUGUUUGUAGUAGUAAGAAAAAUAAGAGAGAGAGAUGGUAGGAUCACAGUGUUGUGAGAAUCCACCAGAUCUUAGUUUAAGUUCAGGAAUUGGAUGUGUUGAAGAUAUUGGAGGUCUUGAAAGCUAUAUUACUGGUUCUUUGGAUUCAAAGCUUGGAAUUCUACUUGUUUCUGAUGUUUAUGGAUUUGAAGCACCUAACUUGAGGAAGCUGGCAGACAAAGUAGCAGCCGCUGGGUACUAUGUUGUGGCUCCUAAUUUCUUCCAUGGGGAUCCUUUUACUCCUGAAAAAAAUCUGAUGUAUUGGUAUCAGUUUCAUCUAGCGGAGGAUGCUGCUGAAGAAGCUAGACCGGUAAUUGAAGCUCUAAGAAGAAGCAAGGGGAUCACUGCAAUUGGAGCGGCAGGUAUCUGCUGGGGUGCGAAGGUACUCGUGGAACUAUCAAAGUUGGAUGAUCUUAAAGCUAUAGUGAUGCUCCACCCUUCACUAGUUACUGUAGAUGAUAUCGAGGAAAUCAAGGUACCUAUUUCAAUACUGGGAGCUGAAGUCGACCACAUUUCUCCACCGGAACUUGUGAAAGAAUUUGAAGAAGUUUUAUCAACUAAAGCCGAGGUGGACAGCUUUGUAAAGAUAUUUAAUGGGGUUAGACAUGGAUGGACUGUGAGAUACAACAUCAAAAAUGUAGAAGCUGUGAAGCGUGCAGAGGAAGCUCAUAAUGACAUGUUAGAAUGGUUCUUUAAGUAUGUGAGGAGUUCUUGUUUUAGUCGUCAAAGUGCUUUGUAGCUAGGCUAGCUAAUAUUGUUGGUCAGGGUUGAUGAAUGGUGGUAAUCAUAACCACAAGGUGGUUGUCUCUUGAGCUGGAACUAGGCCAGAGUGUACAUGUUAAAGUUUUUAUGGGGCCGUCAUUCCACAUGAAAUGGUAAAAUAAAAAUUGAUUCCAGAUG